AUGGAAGAAUAUGAGCACUUGUUCUCCUCGAUCCUGGAAUCAGUGACCCAAGCCAUGCCUAAAGUCCCUGCAACCUUAGUUGGCACCAGUCUGGAUGGCUUCAAAUUGGAUGGAAACAAUACAUUGCAACUGGAGUUUCUUCUUUAUGUCAGCUCAAAUCUUCUGGGGAAGAUUGAGACCAUUUUAAUCGGAUCCUCAGAGGGGAUGACAGGAGCUUCGAAAAACGCAGGUCUUUUGAGCGGCAAAAUGGCAGGGUACUUAGAGUCGCUGUAUGAUCACAGCGAUUACGGCAGAGAGGAAGAAACUGGGAAAAUGGAGGUGAGAGCCAGGGUCCUCAUACGCCAGAUUCAAACAGCAUUGAAGACCUUGGAAUCAUGA